UGAUCUAAAACUGUGUGGCAUAAAUAAAUUCAAGGCCAGAUAACGUGCACUUCAUCGAGUUUAAGUGUAAAGUCGUGCCAAGCAAUAAUUCGUGAUAAGGAAGACCUUUACUUUUUUAUUAAGGAAAUUCAAUUUUGCGCGAACACCUGGAGAGGACAUUUUUAUAAACAUCGGACCUUUACGCUUCACCUUACUUAUGAACAGCAAAAUGACUUGGAUUUUCAUCAUUUUGCUAGUUUAUGCAUCAGCGGUGUUUGUUGGGAGCAAUGUGAUCCGUGAACGGAAACCUUCAACUUUGCUCUCCCUUGGACAAAAGCAAUGGGAGACUCGAUUUAUGCAUUUAUUCCAGCUUCGAAAUAAACGUGAGAUAAGUCCAUAUCCAUGGACGUUCCCUCCAAAGAUCACAAUACGAUCUUUUCCACCAGUUCCAAAGGUGACCAUAAAGCCAUGGACAAUACCUUCUAUUAAACCCAUUAAACCCUGGACGGUGCCACCAAAAGUGACCUUUACUUUUCCACCUAAGGUGACCAUCAAGCCAUGGACCAUUCGUUCCAUU